UGGGGGGGUGGCAGGAGCUAGAUAUAAGGAGAGUUCAGGGAAGAGGGAAGCAGCCUGACCCUGUGCAGACGUGCCGUUUACACUCAGCUUCAGGACAAAGUGUGCGGUGACCUGAGCGCCGGUGGGGAGCAGGGCGCCCGCCAUCCGUGUGUCAGCAGCAGUCUGGUCACCAUGGCUGGACAGAGGUGCCGGGUUCGGUUCUGAUGCGCACCAUGGUCCCCAGCAGGCUGCUGGCCUGCUUUGUCCUGCUGGUGGCUGGUGGGAGACGCCUAGCAGCGACAUCCAUGGUGGACCUCGGCACCUGGCUGCGCACCCAGUGGCUGAUGGCUGUCCGAGAUGCCCGGCUGAGAGGGGAAGGUGGUGUCUCCUUCUCUCAGCCAAUCAGGGGCCUGGUGAAGAAACAGCUGCUCUACUCUCCGGUUGGGAUUGGCUACCACUUACAGGUCCUGUCCAAUGGGAGCGUUGGGGGUGUGCAUGAACACACAGAGCACAGCUGGAUGAAGGUGUUUGCCCUGCAGCCGGGGCUGGUUGGGAUCCAGGCCCUCAGGAGUGGUCUGUACCUGUGUAUGAGCAGCGAUGGGAGCGCCCACGGCUCGGGCCGCUUCACAGCCGACUGCCUGUUCAAGGAGACCCUGGAGGAGAGUCACCACACCAGCUACGCCUCUGUCUCGCACCCGGGCCUUUACCUGGCCCUGUCCAAGCAAGGGGAGGUCAAACGGGUCACUGGCAGGACGAAGAAGCACCCUGGUAUCCUCUUCCUGCCACGGCUCAGGGAGUGACCCAGGCGGAGCCACCGGAGAGCCCUCCCUCCAAGCCAGCGAACCGUUUCCAUGGUGACGGCACAAUGCUGGAAACUGGAUUAUCACACAUAUAACCCAAAGGAGAGAUUAUUAGAUGUCGGACAUCAGAAUCACAGGGGAAGGUUCCAGAACCUAUGCUCUUGUUCACAGUGGAGAACACGGGGACA